AUGGGUUCCUUAUUAACCGAGCUUCAGGAAAAUUUCGAAAAACUUGAUGGACCUAAUGUCUUGAUUCGUCCUAUUAAGGAUAAUGAUAGUUCUAAACAAAAAUGGAUUUUUGAGAAAGAACCUAAUCUACCCAAAAUUUUAACACCACCAAUACCAAAAAACUACAUUACUAAUGAUUUUAUGAGUCUGUCUAGUGAGAGUUCUUACUUCUCAGAUGAAACAUUGUGA